AUGCCUCAUGUGUGAUUCCCGGCCCGGAAAUAACACAGGUGAUCUGUUUCCAGUUUGAGCAUGUGAUCGCGCGCGUCGACGUUUCCUCGUUGACAUUUAAAAUUAAUUUAAACACUAAAUUCUUUUAGUAUUAGUAUCUUUCAGUAUAUAAAUAGGCAAGCUUUAGACCCAUAGGGCCACCAGCGCAACAUCCCUGCGUGCUGCUGAGCGCUCCAGGCGCGCAAGAGGAAGCAGCGUUCUUCCUCCCGUCUCUGCGUUCAAGCUGCUGCUGGACCAGCAAGAACAGCUUUGAACCGGUUUUCUCGCCGGCUACAAAGCAGUAUGAAACGGAUGCACAAUGCGCAUUGUUGAUGCAGAGUGCUCUGCUGACACACAGACGUCGCAGGAUCCCGUCCAGAAAGAGCAGAGCCUACAUAAGAGGCUUUAUUUGCUAACAGAAAUACCGUAAAGAGGGAUUUUUAAAGGGAAACCAUCCUCCAUGGAAAGUUCCUGUAGAGCGCGCAGCUGUGCCGAAUCCUGCUGCUGUUUUUGUAGAUGCUGAGUUUACAGGAGCACUUCCUCUGUCGAAGCUGUAGCAGAUCCCAGAGUGCAGCUGUAACAUCAGCACCAUGGCUCAGUCUACAAAAGUCCUGGAUGGAGGCUGGGGAUGGGCGAUCGUGGUGGCCUCCUUUAUGGCCCAGCUCUUGGCCUAUGGAUCACCCCAGUCUGUGGGCGUCCUGUACCCUGAGUGGCUGCAUGCCUUCCAGGAGGGCAAAGGCAUGACAGCCUGGGUGGGCUCUCUGGUGGCUGGAGUAGGACUAAUAGCCAGUCCUGUCUGCAGUGCCUGUGUGGACAACUUUGGGGCUCGUCCUGUGACCAUCUUCAGUGGAGUGAUGGUGGCAGGCGGCCUGAUGCUCAGUGCCUUUGCUCCAAAUGUCCAGUUCCUCAUCUUCUCCUAUGGGAUCGUGGUUGGCCUGGGUUGUGGUCUUGUCUACGCAGCCACGUUGACCAUCACCUGUCAAUAUUUUGACAAGAGACGCGGCCUUGCCCUCGGCAUUGUCACCACAGGAACAAGCGUUGGAGCCUUCAUCUACGCCACCGCUCAGAAUGAGCUGAUCGUGUUGUACGGCCUAGACGGCUGCCUGCUGAUCAUCGGAGCUGUAGCGCUAAACCUCACAGCCUGUGCUGGCUUCAUGAGGCCCCUGAACAUGCCUGGGUACUACCUCAAGCAGAAGGCCGCACUGGAACGUAACACAGAGGAGCAACUCUUCGAGAAGCCUCCUUUGGAUGACCUGAAAAUCUCAACGGGAUCCAAAACAACCACUCCAGAGAAAACUCUAAUGAUGAAAGAGUUGCUCAUCACCAUCGAUUCAAAGGACAUCCAGACAGAAAAGAAGAAAGGCAGCCUUAUUGCUAGGUUGGCCAUCAUGAAGGUCAUCAAAAAAAAACAGCAGGCUUACUCCAAGUACAUGCACUCCAUGUAUGAAAUCCUGCAGGACCAAGCCAUGGUGGCCUUCUGCAUCGCUGUCUUCCUGUUCAGCUUGGGAGCGUUCCCUCCUGUACUCUUUAUAGAGGAUGUGGCACAAAGUCAGGGACUCAUUGAAGAAGUUAGUGUCAUUCCUCUGGUAUCAAUAGGGGCCAUUGCAACUUGUGUGGGUAAACUAGUGCUGGGCAUCAUGGUGGACAUCAGGUGGAUCAACAGCAUCUAUCUGUACGCCUUCACUAUGUAUGCAGGGGGUGUGUCACUUCUCCUCAUCCCUAUUACCAAGACUUACUUGGGACUGCAGAUUCUGUCUGUUGUCAUGGGUUUCUUCUCUGGAAACUGGUCUCUCACCUCGUAUAUCACUACAAAGAUCGUUGGCUUGGACAGACUGACACAAGCCCACGGCAUCCUCAUGUUUUUUGGGGGAUUUGGGAUCAUGCUUGGACCCCCUGUUGUAGGGUGGUUCUUUGACUUCACACAAUCAUAUGACUUGGCGUUCUACUUCAGUGGGAGCUGUGUGUUACUCGGAGCAUGCAUUCUCACUCUGCUCACCCUUCCCUGCUGGAACAGGAAGCACUCUGAGAACAACAGACCAGAUGUCCUCUACACCAGCAACUGUGACAAAGUUGCCUCUGUAGCUUGAUUUUGAGUAUGCACCAUAAGGACUCCAAUCUCAUCCCUAUUGCCUCGCAGCUGCUGAGAAACUGUACCUACACCACCUUAGGAGGAGUUUUGUUCCUUUGACUAUAAAGGGUCUCCCCCUUAUUUCUGCUGCCAGGUUCUAAUAUACCAAAACAUUUGCCAGAGGUUUUGAAAUACAGGCCUUUCCUCUGUAAUUUGCCUGCAUUUCUCAGGUUCCACUGCAGAUCUUUUCAAAAGUUUGAUAUGAUGCCUGUGUUUUUUUAAUUAUUGCCUCAUUUUACGAGGUCAACUGAUCAAUACUGUUCGACUCCCCAGUUCUACAUUACAUUUUUAGAAAUACCUGUUUUCACCUCACUGUAGCGCUGAAAGAUACAUGGUGCCGUUAUUAAGACUGGGAAGAGACAAAGAAAUGUCAGGUGUUUAUGUAACACAUUGACAGUAUUUCAAAUCACUGUACAAAUGCACAAAAAUCUCCCAGGAACCUUACUAGAACCGAAUACAGGGAUAGAAUAAAGAGGGAGCCUUUUUUGAUAAAUGUAAUUUUAGUAAGACAUUUUUAUUUUAAAUUUUGGAUUGAAAAUGUAUCUUAAUGAAACCACUAUGUAUCUUACCAAAGCAUCAACGAUAGCCAAUGCCUGUCAUCACACAUGCCUGUUGGAACAAUACAAAGCCUUGCUUUAUAGAUAAUUUUUGUUUUCAAGUGCAUUGACUCAGUUUCUACUUUUUUAGAAAUGGUUUGAGUUUCACAUACCUCUUAUUCUGGAUCGCACAAAGACUUUAAUUACAAAUGUCAUGCUAAUUCAAAACCAUGUAAAAACACUUAAGAGGUCCUACUGUAUUUCCAACCUUGAAAGCAUGUUGAUUCUCUUUGUGGCAUGAUAAUCAUGACCUCUGGUAUUCAUUUUGACCAGGCCGGUCCUUUUCUAUCAUGAUGUGUGUGUGCAUAUUUGUUUGUUUGUAUGUUGUGUGUGUAGGUGUCUGCACACGCAUGUUUGCAUACGUGCACAGGUUUGUAUGUGUGCAUUGUUUGAUAAACUUUUGUAUUAGCCCUAGUUUGUUAAGUCCUAUGUGCUUGUGACUUUUAUAUUCACAAAACCAGCCAUAGAGCUGUUAAGAACUGUCUUGUUUAUGUUGAUUAUUGUGGUCAUAAUUGUAACGAACAUCGCAAUAGGCAAUUAGAAUCACUUGAAUGUUGAAUAGACCACAACAAAUGUAUUUUUAAAGUUCCAGUUUCAGGUGUGAAGGCAGUCAUUGCUGGAUCAUGGCUUUUUGUGUUUGUAGAGGCUAUUUUACAAGGUGCAGAUGAAGUACAAAUAGUACUGACCUAGAAGUGACAGUAUGUUUGGCUGUCACCUGUUAGCCACUGUUAUUUUUUAUGCCAGUAUUAUAAUAUUUAAAUGUGUUUUCUGUUCUUUUAUUUUAUUUAAAAAGUGCCAAUAAAAUAUAU